CUUCAGGUGAAACAAUUCUCGAGACACCUUUCUCCACGUCGCGACGAGUAUCUUCUCUGUACGAACGGAGUAUAUAAGCGACCGAACUUCUCAACAGGUGGAACCUUCCUCUCCGGUCUGUACGACAUACGUAGACGGCAAAACCCACCAUGGAUCAUCAGCACCACGACGACGUGAUCACCGAGCGCCAGGCGUCCAACGCCGACGCCAUCGCCAACCAGAAGCGUAAGAGCGUGGUGAACCAGGGCCUCACGGGCGCCUCCGCCCUCACGGUCCGACAGUCCAUCUUCCCCGUGGCGCUGGUCACGCUCCUGUUCUUCCUCUGGGGGUUCGCCUACGGGCUGCUCGACGUCCUCAACGCAAAGUUCCAGACCUCGCUCAACAUCACGGCGGCCAAGGCCGGGGGCCUCCAGGGGUCGUACUUCGGCGCCUACUUCAUCGGGCCCCUGACGUACUCGGGCUGGAUCGUCCGGCGGUUCGGCUACCGGGUCACCUUCAUGACGGGCCUCUGCAUCUACGGGGUCGGCGCCCUGAUGUUCUGGCCGUCGGCGGUCUACAAGUCCUUCGGCGGCUUCUGCGGCAGCCUGUUCAUCGUCGGCAGCGGGCUCUCGACCCUGGAGACGUCGGCCAACCCGUACAUCGCGACCUGCGGGCCCCCGCGGCUCUCCGAGUUCCGCCUCGAGCUCUCCCAGUCCUUCCAGGCCGUGGGGUCGGUCGUCGCCCCCCUCCUGGCCUCCCGGGUCUUCUUCAAGGACACCCACUCCACCGACCUCUCCCACGUCCAGUGGACCUACGUCGGCAUCGCCGCCUUCGUCUUCCUCCUGGCCGUCGUCUUCUUCUUCACCCCCCUCCCCGAGGUCACGGACGCGGACAUGGCCCUCCAGGCGGAGCAGUGCGCCGACCUGACCGGGUACGAGGAGAAGCCGCUCCGCCGGCAGUACAAGCUGUUCUUCGGCGUCGCCGCCCAGUUCACCUACGUCGGGGCCCAGGUCGCCGUCGCCUCCCAGUUCAUCAGGUACGCCCAGGAGUCGGCCGGCAUCAGCGAGUCGGCCGCCUCGGACCGCUACGCCAUCGGCCAGGCCCUCUUCGCCAUCGGCCGCUUCGCCGCCGCCGGCCUGUUCAUGUUCGUCAAGCCCCGCCUGGUGCUCCUGGUGUUCAUGACCAUGAUCAUGGUGUUCAUGGCCUGCGCCAUGGGCGUCCAGGGGGAAGGGGGGGUCGCCGUCCUCUCCCUGGUGCUCUUUUUCGAGUCGUGCAUCUUCCCGACCAUCUUCACCCUGAGCAUCCGAGGUCUGGGUCGUCAUACGAAGAGGGGGUCCUCCUGGAUCGUGGCGGCCGUUUCGGGCGGAGCUCUUUUCCCGGCCCUGACCGGCUUGGCGGCCGACAAUCUCGGCUCCUACCACCUGGCCAUGUGCGUUCCGCUGUGUGGCUUCUUCGUCAGCUUCGUCUACCCCAUCUACUUGAACACCCUGUGCAGGAAGGAGUUGGACGGUUUCCGUGAGACCAAGAUCGGAUACGUCGACGAAAGGCGCGGGACCAUCAUCGGUGAUGUGAAUGACAUUCAGACCUUCGAGGCCAUGGCCAAGAGACAAUCGGUGAAUGUGGAAAAGGUGUAGUAGGGUCUUGUCCAGAAUGAAUUUGUGGACUUUAGAGAAUAUCUGUGGCGCUCCGGGGGUGGAAGGGGUGUUUGUGGUCUGUCCCGAUCAAGCUGUGACUUUGGAACUUUAUCUGCCAAACGGCAUUUUGCCAGAGGACUUGGAAUGGAUUGACAAUCAAUGAUAUGACGAUACCUAUGUUUUUUUAAUGUUUUUUUUAUGUUUUUUUUGGCG